GUAUUACGAAAGCGCGCAUGAUUUCAUACCAUAUCGCUUUAUGUUGGCAGACGAUUGGAGUGAUCACGUACAGAACAAGUGUAAAAUAUCAUUCAGGUCACUGUAGUGUCUUUGAAAGGUUAUUCGACAUUAUUUUGUUUCGAGUUUGAAUUUCAUUGAAUUUGCUACAAAUAUGUUGCCACGAUUUUUGAAACCUACGUUGAGCGUUGCUCAACAAGGAGCGAAACGAUUGUCCACGAGUGCCAGAGUCGAUGCCAAGGUCGCUGUUAUGGGAGCUAGCGGUGGAAUCGGCCAACCGUUAUCAAUGCUAUUAAAACAAUCUCCUCUUGUUACCGAAUUAUCGUUGUACGAUAUUGUGAACACACCAGGUGUCGCUGCUGAUCUUUCGCACAUUGACACGCCGGCAAAAGUGAAAGGAUUUACAGGACCGGAUCAACUGAGAGAUUCCGUCAAAGGAGCACAGGUGGUUAUUAUACCAGCUGGUGUUCCACGUAAACCUGGUAUGACAAGAGAUGAUCUCUUCAACACAAAUGCUUCAAUAGUGAGAGAUCUUGCACAAGCUGUGGCAGAAGUAUCCCCAAAAGCUUUAAUUGCUAUUAUUUCAAACCCUGUCAAUAGCACUGUACCUAUUGCCAGUGAAGUAUUAAAAAAAGCUGGUGUCUAUGAUCCUAACAGAGUAUUUGGUGUUACCACGCUGGAUAUUGUUAGAGCACGUACAUUUAUUGCAGAAGCAAAAGGCCUAGACCCACAGAAAGUAACAAUACCAGUGAUUGGAGGUCACAGUGGUAUUACCAUUAUUCCAUUGAUCUCUCAAUGCAAACCAUCAGUAUCUUUUCCAGAAGAUCAGUUGAAAGCUCUGACUACCAGAAUUCAGGAAGCUGGUACAGAGGUUGUUAAAGCAAAAGCAGGUACAGGAUCUGCAACUCUCUCGAUGGCCUAUGCGGGUGCUCGCUUCGGUUUGUCACUGAUUAGAGCGCUGAACGGAGAACAGGGUAUCGUAGAGUGUACUUUUGUGAAAUCAAGCGUCACGGAUGCCUCCUACUUCUCGACACCUGUUCUCUUAGGCAAAGGGGGACUCGAAAAGAAUCUUGGCCUUGGUACUCUCAAUGAUUUCGAGAAAAAAUUGUUGGAUGCAGCUCUUCCGGAGUUGAAGAAGAACAUUAAAAAGGGUGAAGACUUCGUAAACAAAAAAUGAACGUAACGAAUCAGAGAUCGAAGUAGGGCGUGCUCAAAUAAAAUCAAGAGAGGCUCGAUGAUCCGUACUGAAUACAAUAAUAUUCGCGUUGUACGCGAACAAGAAAUGCAUUAAAAAAAAA